GAGCAGGGGACGCGCAGGACGGGGAGCUGGCGCGGCUGGCCAGGGGGAAGAGGCCCGGCUCAGGGGUACAGGCCUCUGCUUUCCGCCGCGCCCUGCGCGCUAGGCUUUGAGCUGCAAGGACACGGUCACUGCCACCUCGCGGACGGGCGCGCAGGCCCAAAGAGAGGACGUGGGAAGGGACUGGCCCGAGCGAGAAGGUGGUCGAAUCCGAGCGCCCGCGGCUUGGUGGCCCACCGCGCCUUCAGGCAUACCUGUCUCCCAGCGCACUUGGUCUCGCGGAGCCUUUUUCGGAGCCCGCAGUUGGUGUCAAGCUAGGGAUGCAGUCCAUUCCCAUUGCCACAGCUUGUACCAUUUACCAUAAGUUCUUCUAUGAGAUCAACCUGGACGCCUAUGACCCCUACCUGGUCGCCAUGUCUUCCCUUUAUUUGGCCGGCAAAGUGGAGGAACAGCACCUGCGCACUCGUGACAUCAUCAACGUGUCCAACAGGUACUUUCACCCGGGCAGUGAACCGUUGGAGCUGGACUCCCGCUUCUGGGCGCUCCGGGACAGUAUAGUGCAGUGUGAGCUCCUCAUGCUGAGAGUCCUGCGUUUCCAAGUCUCCUUCCAGCACCCACACAAGUACCUGCUCCACUACCUGAUUUCCCUCAAGAACUGGCUGAACCGUUACUGCUGGCAGCGGACCCCCAUUUCCGUCACUGCCUGGGCCCUGCUGCGGGACAGCUACCAUGGGGGGCUAUGCCUCCGGUUCCGGGCUCAGCACAUAGCCGUGGCAGUGCUCCACCUGGCCCUGCAGGCCUAUGGGGUUGAGGUGCCCGCCGAGGCCGAGGCCGAGAAGCCAUGGUGGCAGGUGUUUAGUGACGACCUUACCAAGCCAAUCAUUGAUAACAUUGUGUCUGAUCUCAUUCAGAUUUAUACCAUGGACACAGAGAUCCCCUAAGGCCCUGGUCCAGGCCUGCCCAAAGAGAAGCCCGGGAUGCUCGGCUGCCUGGGGACGGCAUCACCACAUCGCUGUGACGGCUGGUCCCCAGAAGACCAGCUGGGAGGACUGGUUUUGUGCUGCUGGAGACGGGCUGGUGAAGGCGAUGACCUGCUGCCACUUUGAUUCUCAUGCUUUGACUGUCCCUGGCAGCUGUGGUCCAGACGGUGAUGGGAGCUGUGCCUCCUGCGGGCAGGCCGGGGUGCACCAGGGGAAGGGCCCCCAAGGCAUCCGUGUCUGCUUUUGUCCUUUGAGAGGGCACCGACUGCAGUUGAGGUGUGACAUCAGUGGAAGCAAAAUCAAAGAACAGAUGAGACUGCACCCUUGGGGAUGUUUUUAAAGCCAGAUUUAUAGAAAGUAUGAAUGUGUAACAUAGAUGGAAUUUUAUUUUGUAUAAUAAAAGAUGAUACAAAUCAA